CGCAUCGAUCGCUGUCAAAGCGGCCGGCCGGCCCUCCAUUGCCGGCCACGGGCAGCAGCCACGCGCUCCCCCUCGCUAUAGCUUGCUACCUCAUCUCCUUCCUCAGAGUCAAACAUCCAUAUAUACAUACAUACAUCUAUAUAUACAAAGAUCUCUCCAUUCCAUGGCUUCCAUCCACGCCGUGAACUAACUCGAAGACUAGUUCAUCCGUGAUCUCGAUUAACUGCACCGGCUAUCCGUGUUAGCCAGAGAUCGUCGAUCGAGCUUGAUCAUUUGGGCCGGGCUCGAUCGAGGGUCGGCAGCAAUGAGGCUGGCGAGGCCGUACACGGUGGCCGUGGGCCGGGCCGCGGGCCCGCACGCGCUGCCGCUCGCCCGGAUCAAGAAGAUCAUGAAGAGAUCGACGGCGGGGGACGGCGGGGCCGGAGGGGAGAGCAGGAUGAUCUCCGGGGAAGCGCCCGUGGUCUUCUCCAGGGCGUGCGAGCUCUUCGUCGCCGAGCUCACGCGCGCCGCCUGGGCCGCCACGCUGGAAGGGAAGCGCCGCACCGUGCACCGCGAGGACGUCGCCGCCGCCGUCCGCGACGUCGACCUCUUCGACUUCCUCGCCGCACUCGUCGUCGCCCACGGUGAUGCCGGUGCCGAAGCCGGGUGCCAGGGCGCGCUCGACUAGAUCGUUAUGGAUUGAUCAAAUUAAUAUUUGUCGAUUUGUUCGGGGCCUUGUGAAAAUCGAUCCAGCUGUAUCGUAUCGUACGCACUUAAUUGAUUGCACUGAUUAAUUAACUGAAGGUGUAUUUUACGCACGUUGU